AAAUAAAAAUAUAGUUUCCGAAAAGAAAAUUAAGAAUACCGCACUUGAGCAAUCAAGCCGCGUUUUUCCCUUUCUUUCCGGCCAGGAAAACAAGAGUAAAGCUUCUUUUUCUUAUACCCUAAUAAAAUGCAAGAGAUGCGAAAGUGUUAUGGAGGACCCGAAGUCUACGUCCGUUGGCUUUCACAAGCUCUUUACCAUUGAAAAGCUCUGGAAACGUAGAGAAAAGAAUUGUGGUUGCUGAAGAUUACAUGGCUCAGAUGACCGAGACUACUGCCCCCGACUAUCUGUCUCUCCUGUCUUCUACAGAGAGAGACUUUCUCGUUCGCAACAACGGUGAUCAGGAAAGAAUCGACAGCUUGAAGGGGAAGAAUUUUGGGUUGUAUUUUUCGGCAUCAUGGUGUGGACCAUGUUGUCGAUUCACCCCACACUUAGUGGAGGUGUACAAUGAAGUUGCCUCAAAAGGUGAUUUUGAGGUUGUCUUUGUCUCAGCCGAUAAAGAUGAGGAGCCAUUUAAUAGGUAUUUCUCCAAAAUGCCAUGGCUUGCAAUCCCAUUUUCUGAUUCAGAGACACGUUACCAGUUAGAUGUAUCGUUCACGGUCAGUGAAAUACCAUACCUUGUGAUCAUAGGUGAAAAUCAAAAAGUCUUGAGUGACAGUGGAGUUAAAAUUAUUGAGGAGUAUGGAGUUGAAGGACAUCCUUUUACGGCAGAAAGAAUAAGAGAAGUAAAAGAAGUGGCUAAACGGGAACAGUCCUUGAGAUCAAUAUUGGUCUCACCUUUCCGUGACUUCGUAAUCUCACCUGAUGGAAAUAAGGUACCUGUCUCUGAACUUGAAGGGCAAACAGUUGGUCUGUAUUUCUCAUACAAGUCAUGUGCUGAAUUCACGCCAAAACUAGUGGAGGUUUAUGAGAAACUCAAAGCUAACGGAGAGAGCUUUGAGAUUGUGUUGAUUCCACUUGAUGAUGUUGAAGAAUCAUUUGAGCGAGGUUUUAAAAAGAUGCCUUGGUUUGCUUUGCCACUCAAGGACAGGAGCCGUAGAAAGCUUUUCCAUUAUUUUGAGGUCUCAACUGUUCCAACUUUGGUUGUUAUUGGCCCAGAUGGUAAAACUGUCCAUAUAAAUGUUGCUGAAGCCAUCGAAGAGCUUGGGGUUCUGGCAUAUCCAUUCACCCCAGAGAAGUUUAAAGAGCUCCUUGAGAUUGAGAAGGCAAAAGAGGAAGCUCAAACCCUUGAGUCAUUAUUGGUUCUUGGAGAUCUAAAUUUUGUCAUUGGAAAAGAUGGGGCGAAGGUACCAGUGUCUGAACUUGUUGGAAAGAACAUUCUACUUUAUUGCUCAUCUCAUAGUUGUCGCACAUGUCGUGCAUUCCUGCCUAAGCUUAUUAAUACAUACCACGACAUAAAGGCAAAAGACGAUGCAUUUGAAGUGAUCUUCAUCUCAAGUGAUCGUGAUCAGCUUUCCUUCGAUGAAUUCUUUUCAAGCAUGCCUGGGUUAGCCCUUCCUUUUGGUGAUGAGAGGAAGAGAAACCUUAAAAAAAAGUUAAAAAUCCAAGGCACUCAUCCAGCCAUAGCCAUCAGCUCCUCUGGCCGGACAGUGAGCAAGACAUUACGACAGUUCAUAGCCAACUUUGGGUCUGAUGCCUAUCCAUUCACAGAGUUUAAGCAUUUGGAUGAACAGUUGGAGGAAAUGGCAAAGCAGUGGCCUGAGAAAGUGAAGCAUAAAUUGCAUGCUGAACAUGAGCUUUUGCUCACUCGUCGCGAUGCAUACAACUGUGAUGGGUGUGAGGAGACGGGAUAUACUUGGUCCUACUCGUGUAAGAAUUGUGACUUUGAUCUCCAUCCAAAUUGUGCCUUGAAAAACGAUGAAGAAACAGAGAAUGAUCCAACAGACAAGCAUGAAUUCGUAUGAUGAUGAUGAUGUGUGCCGUACAGUGUAAGAAACUUGUAAAUUAUGCAAUAUAUCUGUGGCUUUUGAGCAUGGUUUUCUAGUUAUAUCUUAAGUGCUUGUAACUCUGUUUUCUAUGUGAGUGGAUGGUGGUAAGCACAAUGCACUGGAGUUGCUGUGGAUAUAAAAUAUUGUGCUACUGCUAUGCAGUUGAGGUUGAAAUAAGAAGAAAAUGGACUUCUUGUA